AUGAACCAAGAAGAAACUAUUCAAACUACAUAUAAUCGAGUUAACCAAGAAAGAUUAGAUGAUGUUCAAGGGGUUUUCACUAAUGAUAUGUUUAAUGAACGAAUUGAUAUUAAGACAUUUAUAGGUAGUCUGUCUUCAUACUCAAUUCCUACAAAUGCUAAACUACGAUUUGAGAAUAAUAUAAUUACAUAUCUUAAAUAUUAUAUUGUGAUUAUAUUUAUAUUAUUACUUCCAUCAGAGUUUUUAUCAUUUAAAUUCUUUUUUAUUGAAUCAGUAAUUAACAUUAUCUUAUAUUUCUUUGGAAAUGAAUUAUCAAAAAAAUUAUCUCAAACUCCAAUGGUUUUUAUUUUAAUCUAUUUAUUAACAUUAUUUACUCUUUGCUUGUGUGUUAAUAGACUUAUUAUUUGGUUACUUUAUUUGAUAGCCAUUUCUCUUUGCUCUCUUCAUGCUUUAAUAAGAACUCAUGUAGAAGAGCUUUUCAUUAAUUCUUUCUAA